AUGCGCGGUAACUUAAUAUUUCAUAAUAUUGAAGAAAGACCUGAAGAGAACACUACAACUAUUAUACAUAAACUCCUGGAAGAAAAACUUAAUAUUGAAGAUGCAUCAUCAAAAGUGAAGAUCGAUAGAUCACACAGGCUAGGUAAACCCAGACGGGAAACAGACAAACCCCGACCGAUAGUGGCAAAGUUUAAUUAUUAUCAAGACAAAGAACAUAUUCUUGCUAAUGCUAAGAAAUUAAAGGGUACAAAUAUUGGAAUUUCAGAGCAAUACCCGGCGGAGAUAAUGGAAACAAGAAGAAAGCUAAUACCCGAGUUCAAGAAGGCAAAGGCUGAAAGUAAAAGAGUGAAACUUGUACGGGAUAAACUCUAUAUUGAAG